AUGUUGCGAGGAUCAGAGGUGCGCGAGUGGAUGUUUACUGGAACUUGUGGACGGAAGGAAAUGAUUGUAUGUUGUCUGUUUCCCAAGCCAAGGUCUGAACCAACACUGGUCAGACAACCCCGGUUGUUAUCAAUUGGAAAGGUGACCCAAAGUUGAGUGCGGAUCAAGAACAUGGCGGACGCUGUCAACAAUGUCGUAAAAUCCGGGGCACAGAUUUAUUGUUUGACGAUGGGUUAAAAUUUCAUCCUGAUGAGUGAGUUUGCAGUCCCGCCGGCGACCUGUGGUGUCUUGUGCCAACACCCCGGCUGCUGGUUGGCUCACAAACAUGCGCACCGCCCGCAACCGCCUCGUUCACUCAGCCCGUUGACCGGCUCCCAGCAGUCUUCAGGAGGAGGCAGCCUGCCCACACAGAAUGUGGUAAACCUGCUUGGCGACUACGGCUUCGACAAGCGGGACCAGUUUAACCUGGACACGGGACAGCCACUGGCAGACAGGCUGGUCGCUGGGUCGCUGUCAGGGGCGAUGUCUCCACAGCGACAACGCCCAAGCGGGAAGAACUGGAGCGGGUACAUGGGUCCCCACGUCAGCCCCAUGAUGAGCUCUGCGCAGUUCCUCCGCAAGUCAGCAGAGGGCGCAACAUCCAGAAACACUUCAACUUCCAUCCCAGUCAGACCUGCACAGAAGGUGGAAGUGCAUGAAGUUGUAGACCUCACCGACAGAAGCAAGGCCGUGAACAACCUGCUGGGCGGCAGCUUCCUGGAGUACAUCUGGUUCCCGCGCCCUCACAGGCGGCGCCACAGGACCACGCCCCAGGCAGGGUCAGUGAGCAAGUCAGGAGUGGUGAGAGCUAAAGACAUCACCAAGGAGCUUCUGCCACACAACUUUUACAAAAGGAAAACGAAAAAGAAGAAGCGAUCAUCUAAAAACAAGUCGGGCGUGCCGACGGGAGGACAGCCCUACACGUCCAACCGCCUCAGUCCCAGGCAUGAGGGAUUGAAAGGCAUCUCACAAGAAACACUGAUCCAGCUGCUACAGAAUGCACAGAGUGACCCAAACCUGCAGAAGCUACUAGAGAAGAUGCUACCGGGGCUGAAGGAGGCUAUACAGGAGGUUGCUAGGUCCCCGUCUCCGCCCCGGCAACAGAGCUCCAUCCUCAACCACAGGAAAAUGAGGCUACUUGAUGCCCGAGAGAAGUCCCUUCCCCCCAUGCCCCCUCGGACGUUGGGGACGGCAGGGCCCUGGAGACUGGACCCCCUGGGGGACAGGGCAGCCCCAGGGACAGGGGAGCCUCACCCCCACCCCCAGACCAGCAGGGAGGAUGUGGAGCCCACAUCGCUACAGGCCCAGCUGGAGAGGAAGUAUCAGAAAAUCUACGGAGACAAAAGGACAUCCCAUCCCUCCCCCACACAAGCAGCGAUGAACCAUCCCCACAUGACGUCCGUGACCCCAGCGUACACCGCGCCGUGGGAGGAGCCGUCACCAACCAUGGCCAGACCUUUCCACUACAAGAAUGUGCCAUUUGACGUGGUCAUGGCACCCGUGCAGCGCCCCCCUGCAGCAGAACAGGACCAGUGGGAUGAAGCCACGAUGGAGUCGGAGCUGGCCUCCACCAUCCACGUUACCAUGCCAACCCUGUCCUCACCCUCACCUGAUGACUUCUUCAGUGACCAAGUCAUGUUACAGGAGCGGCGACAUUCCCGCGCUUCCAUGAGCUCCUUACAGACGUCAGGUACCUGGCCCGGGAAGUCCUUCCAGGCCGAGGACACGGCUCGGUCGAACCGCAGUGGCGCCGAGUCCCCGUCCCACCCGGGCGGCACCCCCGAUCACUCCACCGCACCCACGCCAACCCAGCUGACUGCCGAACCGACUCUCGACACCAUCCACGAAUCAAUCUCUCAAGAGGACCCCUCCUCGCCCGUCCGAAAACCGUUUCCCCCCGCCGUGAAACCCGGCUCCCCAACCAGAAGAAAACCAGGCUCGCCCAUACGCCGGAUACCAGGCUCACCCACGAGGAGAAAACCUGGGUCACCAUUACCAAGGAAACCGCCGUCACCGAUCCCGCAAAAGCAGAUCCUCACGCCGCCUCCACCAGCCUCCUCACCGGAGCCAUGGCCCAGUAUGGAGUCAGACACAGAAAUGUCUGGAUGGUCACCAGGCGGGGCCUUCCAUCCAGGCCAGGACAACGUGGGGACACCACAUUCACCACAGGUUGUGUCAGCGAUGAAGGCUGCCCGGGCCCAGGAGGAAGAGUCGUCCCCAGCGCCUCCCCCUCCCUCCCCAGAACCCGUCCCCACCCCCACCCCCGUGUCUCACAAACUCCUGCCCCUGGAGACACUAGAGGAGGAUGAGGAAGAUGAAUCCGGUCCUGAGAGUAACAGAAAGGAUCCAUCAGAACCUCCCUCAGCAGAUCGCAAGGAAACAUCGGGACAGGAACCUAUCAUGGAAAUCCCCUUUGGUACUGAGGACACAGUACCACUAGAAAAAGGAGAAACACAGACUGUUGAUGGUGCAGAACCUGAAGCUGUGAAAACACUUGUUGAGCAACAGGACGACAGAGAAACGGCUGCUGAGAAAAGUGGACAGACAAUCCCUGAAGUUUCUGACAGCUCACAGCCUGCUCAGAACGGGGAAGAGACCAUUACUGCGAGAGGGGUUCCUGUUGGUGGUGAUGAUUCCCAGGAAAAAAAGGAGGAGGAGGAAGAUACUGAAGCUGCUAAACCUGUGGAAAUUUCAGGAAGUAAUGAGGAAGGCACUGGACAGAGGGGGGUUCCAGAGGGGGCAGAGGAGGAGGACCAAGGGAUGGGCAGUCAGGACAACGACAAGGCAGCUGCUCCAGAGGAGGAAGGGGUUAAUGAGGGUGGGGAGGGGGAAGAAGGAGGAGGAUCCACAAGUGUGUAUGUAGUAGAGGCAGAACUAGCCAAGCUGGCAGUGGAGGAGGAUGGUGCUGAGUCUAAUGUAGCAGCUCCUUAAUGUCCAAGCAGAUAUUCAGAAGGAAGAUUGUAAAGUUUUCUGUAUGCUCCAAUUUAUCUGACAUGCAGCCCUCUGAUUGCACUGAAUGACUGGCAAUCAGAAGAUGAUGUCCUAUCAGAAUAGAAGAUUAGCAACUAUGCAGUUACAGUGACUGACAAAACAGGGUCUUACUCUAGGGUAUACCGAUAAAGUUCAGUCCACAUCAUAUACAUGACAGUCUCUUGUAAACAGAGCUUCUUAACCAAAGCAACAAUGCAAGUGUGUAUGAUGCAUAUUGCCUUGCCACUACCAACUACAUGACAUGGUAUGCCUUUCAUCGUAAAUGCCACAGUGUCUUUUAACUUAAAGAUUUCUUUGAAAAGUGAAAACUUCAACUGGGAUGGACCAACAUCUUGUUUAUGCUGCUAUCAUUUAAAUGCUUCAGAAUUGUUCAUGUUAUUAGCAAAAUAGUUUAACUACUGCAGUUAACUCGUUUGCUAUACUUCAUGAAAUCUCUCAGUACAACUGACAGGGAGCAUGAAAAAGAAGACCAUCACUUGUAUACCAUAUUAUUCUUUGUUUUUGGAAACCCAUUGUUUAGUAUUGACUUUUUAGAAGUGAUUUGGACAAAUAUCUAAGUUCAGUGAAUGCAGUAAUCUAAUACAUAAGAUAUAUACAUCUAAGUGAAUGCAUCAUCGCAUGGCUGGUAAAUGUACAGAGUAUAACUUACUGUACGACAAAAUGCUGCUACAUGUAUAUUUCCAUAUUUUCAGAUGGUGAAAGUUUUAAGUGAUGAGUGUAAGCAUUAUGCUCUAUACUAUCAAUCUGUCUCUGCUGUAUCUAUAUGAAUUACAUGGUAUCAUUCUCCAAAGAAUCAACAAAAUUUUACUGUUAUUAUAUAUAAUACAUUUUAUUAUAUAUAAUAACAGUACAUGUACUUGUUUAAGUUUUUAAGUGAUUUUACAAUACAAACUUCAUGUAU